UAUACAUACAUACAUAUAUACAUACAUACAUAUAUAUAUCUUUGAACUGCAGAGGCUACACGUAUUAUACCAGUAAAUAUGGCAUCAAACGUAUUUGCGAGAGGAGUACACACCAUGAACUCCAUCUCCAUGGUUUUCAAGCCGAUAGGGCGAAAAGCUUACCACAAGAAUUACCCGGCGGAAAUGAUGCGAGAGACGGUGAAGUUGGAGGCAGAGGAAGUGAAGAGCAAGAGUGUUAGGAGUGAAAAUAGUACUUUCGGCAGCAAUCUUCUGUGGGUUCCCCAUGAGAAGACUGGAAUUUAUUACCCCAAAGGCCACGAGAAAGUCAUGGAAGACAUUCCUCCCAACGCUGGAAAGGACGCCAUUACCAUUAAUUGGUUUUCAUAUGAUGACAACAUUUGA